AUGGACAGCCUUCCCGAAGAGCUUCUUCACGGAAUAAUCAGAGACUGCUUGUUCACAGGCUAUUCUACUCUCGUCUAUCGCGCCUUGUGGCCCCUCCGAAUGCGCCGGAGGGAGGGUAUCGGUUACUCACUGGUGUGCAAGCGCUGGUACCGUAUCACUGUUCCGUUACUUCUGGAGACAACCCUAGUCGACUCGAAACACGAGGCAGAGAGGCUUGCGACAAUGCUCAGCCACGACAAACUGCUAGGACGAUGUGUUAAAAGGCUCCGGUUUGAAGGGGCCUAUGGCCAAGCAGCAUUCAAGAUACUGCAAGCGAUCCCAAACCUGACGCAUAUUUGCGUUUCACUUAGCAUUUCAUCCAGGGACAACGUCAAGGGCCUGUGCAAAGGACUUCGGAUUAUCAAUCCGGAAUUCGUAGCCCUACGAGACCCAAAUGUGAAAGCAAACAAGCAGGUACGGGAACUUGUCAGCGUUCUCAUCGAAUGCAUGACAGUGACCUGGUCCAACAUGCGCUCAUAUGAUCACGCCUACGAGGAGCGCGAUAUAGGCGGAUUUGAUUGUCCCGAAGUUCCCGCCCGCAAACAACGCGCGAUUGCUUUGGCAGAUGCCAUUUCCCGUGUACCGAAUUUACACACUGUCUGGGUACCAGCAGCGUGGACCACCCACGUUCCGUACAGCAUAGUAUUCAGCGCCGCGAGGAAUCCUGCAGUUUAG